UUAUAAACACUUUUAAUCCGUGUUCUGUGUACUAUGUAAAUAUACAUUAUCGAUUGCUUGAAUGAAUAUCGGAAUGUUAAACAGGGUAGAUAUUUAACCAGGUUAUUCUACAUAAUUUCUAUUUAUGAUAUCUUGCGAAAUACAUAAAUGAUUUCAAAAUGAAUAUCGGAUAAAACGAAAUACACUCACACAGAAGUUGGACUUAGGCCUAUAGGGAUAAAACUAAUUUUCUUUACGAUUUCAGCAACAGCAGGUGAAGAUCAAUAAUGCCGGACGACAAUAGAUGUCUGUUUAUGAUAGUUGGCGGUAUAGUGGGUGCUAUAGCUCUUGUCUUGGUCAUUGUUUUACCAAUGAGUUUUGUAACUCUAGAAUAUCACGAAUAUGGAUUUAGGCGGCAGAAAAGUACGGGGUGGGUAGAUACAGAAAAAGUCUAUUCUGGCGGGAAGCAUUUUCUUGGGCCGGACUACGAAUUUAAGACGUUUCCAGCGGACGCCCAGUUCUUAGAUCUUAAUUACAUUCGAGUAUUCACCCGUGAUAAGCUCGAGGUAUCAGUCACUGCGCAUGCUCAGUACUUUAUACGGAAGGACGAAUUACCACUACUCCACAAGGCAUACGACAUAUACUACGAAGAUGUUAUGCGCUCGAGUGCUGUGGAUGCCAUUAAAGGUGCUCUCCCAGUUUAUAAUACAACAGAGUUGAAAACAAAACGUCGGGAAAUCGAGGCUGUAAUUUACAAGGCUGUUCGAGAAAGACUAGGGGGACAAUGUUGUAGACCAAAUUGCGAUGCCUACCUUCAAGCAUGCGCAGAAGGGUGUAUAUCUCCUUCCAAAUGCAAGGACAGCCAGAAAGGUCUGAACGUAGAUGUGAAAUUCUUCCAAUUAACUGAUAUUGUCAUUCCGAGUACUGUUAGUGAAAGAUUCAUGGAAAACCUUCUCCUGGUCGAGAAAAAUCUACGAGAGCAGCACUUCCAAAAUGCUACUGUGAUACGGAAAGAAACGGCUGGAAAGGUUGCAGAAAUAAAAAAUCAGGCUAAGGAAAUAAGAGAGUUCGCCUCAUCUGAAGCCAGGAAAUUAAAAGUCGUCUCUGAAUCCGAAUACACGAGCGCUAUUGAGAUUGCACGAGGAACUGGACUGAAAAAACUGUAUGAGAGUCUAAAAAUAACCUCACAAGAACAAAUGAACAGUUUCGACUAUCUUCGAACGCUGAGAGGAUUGGACAAUGUACAUCUGACUGUUGACUUCCAACAACGUAUAGCCGGAAAUCUUUGAAAUUAAUUAUAAUGAAUUCAACACAGUAGUACCGCAAUUUCACUUCUUAUAUAUCAAUCUUUUCUGUUUGUAACCCAAAUUCGGUACUGUAUUCAACAUAUUUCGUCCAAAUAAUUUUUACACUUUCCUGUUUAGAUACAUGUAUACGAGUAUAUGUUUUACCAGACAACUUUUCACAGUCUUGUUAGUUUAAGUCUUUAAAAAAAGCUACACAUUUUGGUCAACAGAAAGCACCCUUUGUAAGAAAACAGACCCGCAAAUGAAUUGGAUAUAUGCAAAUCUAAAUGCUACCUGAGCAAAGAUGUGGACCCAAAAUAUCAUGUGAUGCUUACCAUCCUGUACUUAUUGCCCAGUUACUUUGACAGGCUGCAGCUUCAGAUAAACCUUAAUCUGAUGAAUUGAGUCAUGGCUUUGCCCUGCAUUUAAUUGGAAACUGUUCAUUCAAAGUGCUAGAUAUUUCUAUAUUAGACUACAAAAACAUUGAUCUACAAAACAUCAUGUAGUAACCUCGUCAGACUGCACAGAUAUGCUGAAAGGUUUAUGAAAUGAUUAUAGUAUAUAUACAUGCAUAUAUAUAAAGUAAUUAACCUUUUAAUUACCACCUUUUUCACAACCUGUGAAAAAAAUAUAUUUUUAGAGAUAAACAUUUAUUUUAAAGGCCUAGAUUGACUCAGAAAUGCUUCUAUAUCUUUAUUGCUAAUUUGCUUUUCAUUUUCAAGUUUCCAUAAAGUACUUCAGUGUCCAAUUACCUGAACCAUCUUUUGUUUUUGUCGUUUUUUUUUGUGAUAAGUACAGUUAUAGUGAUUUAGUAUUUUGUAUAGAAGUCAAAUGCUACUUUGUUUACAUUUUUCUAGUUUUCUUAGAAAUGAUUUCACAUCCAGUGCUAAUUUCUUCGCUUGUGAAUCUUCUAACAUGCUCUAAAAUCAUUUUUUAAAUAUCUCAUAUUUGCCCCUUUAAAGAAGGAACAAAUUAUUCAUUUCUGAGGCAUUAUGUGCCUUUAAAGUUAAUCAGGUACGUAUGUUAAUAUACGUACCUGAGUUAAUGCAUGUCAAAUGUAGUACUGUAUAUACCUGUAUUGUAAACAUCCUUUUAUAUUACUGUGUAAUGUUCCUUUGCAUUUUAUCACCUGUCCUAUGUUAUUUUUGGGUUGUGAUGGGUUUUAGUGUCUUAUUGUCAUUGCCGAUUACAUGUAUAAUUAUUUGACGGAAAUGACCGAAAAAUUAGCAAUACCGGCAUGCAAUAGUCAUGACCGGUGUUUCCGGUAGAUUCUCUACCGAAUGUUUACUGGAUCUAUAGUAUAAUAAUAAGUCACUAAAUUUCCACAUAAUUUGACUUUGUUCUCUCUUAUUUUUUCUCUGACCGAGUUCUUUCAUGCUAUUUUAGAAUAUUUUUUUCUUGAAAUAAAUUUACAAAAACUGUUGUGUAAAAACGGUUGUUAGCAAUGAAAUUGUUUAUAAAAAGCUUUAUUUAGAAAAUAAAAAGAAAGAACAUCA